AUGACAAAAAGAGGGAAAGUAGUUUCCAUUACAUGCAGUACGGGUAUAGCUGUAACACAAUAUCGCUCUGCACAAACACUACAUAAGUGGUGCGGUUUGGGUGAUGGGGGCAUUCAUACACAAGAACUUGCUAAUUUAGUAUGUACAGAUGAGAGGUAUCAUGAGACAAGACAGCGUAUAAUACGCUGUGAUACCCUCAUUGUUGAUGAAUGCUCUAUGAUUAGCAAGAAAGUGUUUGAAGCCGUCGAUUUAUUGUGUAGGUCGGUAAGAAAAAAUGAGAGGUAUUUUGGGGGUAUUCAAGUUAUUUUUUCAGGUGACUUUUUUCAGCUUCCUCCCGUACCAGAUCAACUGUACGGUGAAGCAGAAAUUCAGGAACGAACUAUACCAACUGGAGGAUUUGAAGAAGGGAAAGGUGUAACACGUUAUAUCGGUGGUUAUUGUAUUGCAAAAAUUAAAUACAAGUAUCAAAAAAUGAAUUGUGAUACAAUGCUUACACCAUCCGUAUUUGAUAACAGAAUAACAAAUGUUAUAAUAACAGAAGAAACUAAUGAAUCUGAAACAACUGAAAAUAUUGCUGAGGUAGUAGCUUCACCAUCGACCAAUGUAACAAAAGGAAAAGAUAUUGUUAUGGCCGAGGCUUCACCUCAGGAAACGUCACAAAUUAGGCGUGUAAAAUGUUUCCUAGAAAAGGUUAAGAAUGAGUCUAAACUCGAGCGUGUAUAUUCUAAUGUUAUUAUUCUUUCCGACAGUAAGGGAAGCAUGAAAUUUAGAAAGAGGGGUAACCAUCGUUCAUCCUUCUUGUCAAGUGACCUCUUUUUAGACGGUAUUCACCCAGUUGAUUGUACCUUUGAAAAAUGGCUCUACCAAGUGAUCAAGUCUGUAUCACGCGGUUUAGUUUGGUAA